AUGACCGACUCGUCUCCAGACUGCGAACGUGCAAGUAACGGCAUCCGCGGACGCAACAAGAAGACGGACGUGUUGUCCGCUAUGGAAAGCGGCAGUGGCAGUACCGACCGCAUAUUCGAUACGUCCGUUUCCGAUACCGAAAAAGCGCUCGUGUCGUCAAUGGCAGCUGAGCAAGAGACAAAGAAGGACCAAAAGGGCCCAAGCACACUCUCGAGCGCAGCUGCGGUCGUCCAUUGGUGGCAGUCGAUGCGUCUGCAGUUUGGCGACGGUCUGUUGCUCCAGAUCUUCUGUGUCUACUUGACGCAGGGCAUUCGCAGUACGCUGUGCUCCUUGGGCACGAGUUACUAUCUGAACGAGACGUUGGCGUUACUGCCAGCACAGUCCGAGGCCCUUCGGGCGACUGCUGCGAUUCCGUGGAUCGUCAAGCCGCUCUACGGUCUGCUUUCGGACAGCGUUCCGAUCGGGGGAACCCGUCGCAAGUCCUAUCUGCUCAUCUUUAGCGCCGUCGCGGCCACGGCCUACUUUGCGCUCUCUGUGCCGGGACUCAUUGUGACGUACGAGAGGGCACUAGUUGCGCUCGUGGUGGCAAGUCUCGGGAUCGCGUUUUGCGACGUGGUCAUUGAUGGCAAAGUCGUUGAAGCCGCUCGCAGUGAGCGCGAAGACAUGGCCGGUAACUUGCAGACGCUGUCGUGGAUCUCGCUCUCGAUCGGGUCGGUCUUGGGCUCGAUGGUGUCAGGAUACGCGCUCAAUAGCUUUGGUCCACUGGGUGUCUUUUUCAUCACGGCAAUGGGUCCGCUGAGCGUGAUGCUGAUCUCCAUUCGAAUUGAGGAGGCAGCUUACGUACCACAAGAAGAUGUCGGGUUCCUUCGGACUGUGCAAGACCAGUGCCGCGCCCUGGCGUCGGUGGUCGUGGACCCCAUUUGCUGGCGUCCCAUGCUCUGGAUUUUCCUGUCCAAUGCGUUGCCCCCUAGUGUCGGCGAAGCCAUGUUCACGUUCAAGACAUCCGAGUUGGGCUUCACCAAAUCGUUUCUGGGCUUCAUCUCCACCGCCGGCAGCUUCACACUCCUUGGGACAACCGCUGUGUACAACGCCUACUUCCGUGACAUGCCGUUUCGCCGCAUGUUUUUCCGCAUCCAGCUGGCAUCAGCCUGCGUCUCGUUCGCCGAGUUUGUGCUCGUCUCGCGUCUGAAUUUGGCGUUUGGCGUCGGUGACCGAUUCUUUAUCUUUGGCGACGAGAUCCUCUCGGACGUUGUGGCGCGUCUCAAGCACAUGCCCUCGCUCGUCUUGUGUGCCAAGAUAUGUCCACCGGGUAUCGAGGGCACCAUGUUUGCGCUGCUCAUGUCCAUCUACAACUUUUCCUGGUCUGUCGCUUCAUACGGUGGAUCGUGGCUGUGCAGCUACUUGCAGAUCUCCAAGACAAACUUUGCGGGGCUUGCGACCGCUGUGAUUAUCCGCAGCGUGGCCAAGGUUGUGCCGCUCUUGCUGCUGUUCAUGGUACCAGCAACGGUCGGGAUCAGUAGCUCGUCCCUCGCGUCCAAGGCGAAGAGUGCCCAGACAAGAAAACAAAGCGAGGGCACCAGUGACAGUGCUGACGACAGUGCCGCUGAUGUCAGCGUGCAGGCGUGA